CAGAGAUAUUUGAAUGCUUUUCUUUGACUUCUUGUUUCAGCUCGUUAUAAACAUCUACUUAUAUUUUAAUGAACUGAAGAAACUAUAUAAAUGACACAUAAUCACAUCUAAACAAGCUUCUGUGUCCAUCACCCUAAGGGUAAAUCUAGAACCUUGAGAACACAACAGAGCGGUUCCUCAAUCAGAAAAAAUAAAUCCCUUAAAUAUCAGCUCACUAAAGUUUGGUAUGAAGCAAAAAAAACGGGGGAAAAUUCCAAGCCUAAACAAGGCGGUUCCCCCAACACACACACUGCUCUGGAGCGGUGAGGAGAUUAGAACUGAUUCCCAUUUUGGACAUGUGCAGAACAUUUAGGUGUCUGGGGGUUUUUGGCUAAACGUUUUUCACCAUCUACAGAUAUAUUGUAGCUCUGUCACUAAUGGACCCUGCUAUAGAUGAUGCUGAUACCUUGGCUGGUUCUAGUGAAGGUGCACAUCAUUAGUACCCCCAGGAUGAGGCUCAGGAUGCAGAACAAUGAGUUUUGGAGUAACAGGUGGGGAAAAAGCACUUAUAUUUAAGAACAACAGGACCACAAUCACCCCAGGAAGCGGAUGCUUCAGGAGGAGCCUGUAGACCAGAACUCUACCUUCAUCCUACAUCACAUAGCCCUUGUUCUUCAAUCCAUCUCAGAGAACUAGAGAAGUCCAUUCCCUACAGUACAUCAUGGAUAAUCAUGGAAACCAUGACUCCUAUACCUCUGGAUUAUCUCAUCCAAGUCCUUACUCUGGCCAGGAAACAAUCCGAUUAGGAAUGUGUGGAAGGCAGUGAAGGAGGAGGAGGAGAUGGAAGAAAAGGAAAAGGAGGGAGAGAGGCAGCCUCUGCCGUGUCAUGUAUCUUGAGUGAAAUUGAAACCCAGGGUGCUGAGCAGGCAGAGCAGGGGCUCGGCUUCACGCACUGAACUUCACAGAGCCAAAAGACCACAGACGAGACCGAGACCAACACCACACGUUUGAUGAUGCAGUGCACUAUACAUGUGCAGAUCCCUUGUGAGUUGAGGGCUCUACUGUGGAGGUUUACAUAAUAAUAUCAUCAGUGCAGAUCAUUUUGCUUUGUGUUUAUUAAUAUCCUGUGGACGAUGAAAGCCGAUUCAGAUCCACAAGGCAGAAGAGCUUUGAGAGACACCAACAUGUGCAGUUUGUCAUCUGAUCUUUCUUGGCCAGGACUCGACUGAUACAAAGUGAACGUUUCUCUCUCCACACCAUCUAUAGCACACUAAGGCCAGCCAAGGAUAAAGACCAGCAGAAAUACAUCUGAAGAAGGCGAAAUCUGAAUGUACACACAUUGUUUGGUUCCUGACUUCUGUAAUAAACCUGAUCUUCAGGAACUGUCCACAAAUGUUUCUAAAAGGUAAAGAAGAACUACAGAUAAGUGUUUUGAAAACAGAGAAUGAUUUAAAGGCAGUGUAACAAGUAAAAAGUGAAGAAGAAUAUCCACACUUUACUAUAAACAAGAUCAAGAAGAAAAAUCAAUAAAUACAAAAAACUGGGAAAAAACAUGGAGCACCUUCCACAGACAAAAGGCAAAGGGGUCCUGAUGUUUGCAAGACGCCGUCAAAGGAUCGAUGAAAUAGCUGCAGAACAUGAGGACCUGAGGAGUAAAGGCAUACCCGUGGAAGCGUUUGUGGAACCUGAGAUUGACGCAUCAUUAAAGCCUCAGGUGGACAUUCCUCCGGUCCAACAAUAUGAACAAGGCAAGCAUCAACUAAAGUAUCAGGAUCAUCAAACACAACAGCAGAUCUUUCUGCAGCCAGACACUGGUAUAAAUGGUCUGGAUUCCUGUCCCGAUUCUUCAGGAUCCAAAGCGCUCGUUCCCAAUAGAACAGCUAAGCCUUUUCUGAGUGGUCUGAAUCAAUCACAAGCUCAAUUUUCUCCAGUUACAAAUGCAUCAAGUCCAACAAUAAAGAAAUCUGAAAGUUUUUUUAAGGUUCCAGUUCCAGUAAAAACGAGCCCACAGGUGUGGUCACCCACAGGAGAUAUAAUCGCCUCUCGUGAUGAACGGAUCGCUGUACCAGCUAUCAAGACUGUAAUUCUGCCUGAAAUGAAAAGAAGAGGAAAAAAUAAAGCCAACUCCAAAGAACCUCCAGAGGAAGACUACUUUAGUCUUGGUGCAGAGGCUUGCAAUUUCAUGCGAGCUCCAACCAUCAGACAAAAACAACCACCACCAGUCCUUCCCAAGCCUACAAUCAAUCCACAUUGCCCAUCCUGGUCUCCAGAAGUUCAGGACAAUCGCAGUCCCCUUACACCAUCAAGUCCUCUUCCUGCACAAGAGAACUGGGCUGCACCUCAUCCACUUCAAUCUCAGCCAGCUACCAAACCCUGGGGUCAUUCAACAGCCCGAUCCACACCACAGCAGCAGGCGUCUGACUAUUUACCAUCCAAACAAUCCACUUCAUAUAAAUCUACCUGGUCAUCAGAACAAAAACAGGCACUCACUACUGCAUCUCCCUCGCAGCCAAGGUUCCCACAGGCUAAACCCCAAAGUAUAAGUUCUGUGGUUUCCUGCCCACCCCAAUCAGCAAGCUCAUAUGUUCGUAAGUCCAAAGCUCCACCCAUUUCUUCAAUCUCAGAAAUAGGGUCCUCUGAUGGCCCAGUGCUUAAGGGGAAGGGUGCAGAACUUUUUGCUAGACGACAGUCCCGUAUGGAGAAGUUUAUAAUAGAUGCUGAAACUGUCAAGGCCAACAUAGCCAGAUCCCCCUCACCCACCCUGUCCAUGCCAAGCACCUGGAAAUAUUCUACCAAUGUCCGAGCCCCUCCUCCUCUCUCCUAUAACCCCAUAGUGUCACCUUUCUACCCUCCAGCAGCACAGAAGCAAUCGCUUCCUGCAACAAGCUCAAGUAUAAAGCACAGAGGAAACAAAGAGAAACCAAAGACUGCACCCAAAACUCUCACUGUUAUGGAUGUGAUGAAACAUCAGCCAUACCAGCUGGACUCAUCGCUCUUCACCUACAGCUCCAACACCGAAGCGAAGGGUUCGAGCCUCAAAACGUCUCCUGUCCCUCCUGCAGAGUUAAAGCAAACCCAGGGCUUUCUGCAUGCUUCGUCCCCAGCCCCUUCUACAGGAAGUGGCAAGUCUUUUCAGCAAGGUGGGAAACCCAGUGGACCGGUGAGUGUUCCUUAUCCCUUCAAUCGUCAGUCCACUUCAGCUGAGGCUUGUUCUGCUGCACAGGCUACAGCACCAUCACCAGCACCAGCACCAACACCAGCACCACGCACAAUGCAUCCUGGCCCAAUCUACAGCCGCAGCCGCUCCAUGUCUCUGCCCCGGAGACACUCCUCCAUGUCCACUGUGUCUCCGGUGUCCAGUCCACCUUUCCAUCCCUGCCGUGGACUCAUGGACAGGCGGUUCUCCUGGGCUGAAGCUCCUCAGAGCCCCCUGUGCCGAGUCAGUGAAGUCUUUGGCUCAGAAGAUUUCCAGAAUCCGAUUAGCAACAGUUUCCACUCUUCUGUGCACAGGAGGUCGGUGACGGAGGAGAAGCCGAUGGUUUACGGCCCACCGUUCAGACCAGCUCAGCCUCUUCCACUGGGCAGCAGAUACACCACCAGCUGCUCUCUUCCCAGGAAUUUCUCCCCUCACUCACAGAAAGUCAGCUGGAGGAUGUAGAGAAGAGUGAUGCUGUGAUCCUCCUCAGCAUCACUUUGUAAAGAUCCAGGACCUUACAGAUGGAUGCACUGAGAGAUGUAGCACGUGAUUACAGACUAGAGCUGGUGCUGUGUAGGAAAUUAAUUGAAGGAUGUUUGUAGGUUUUAUGGACUUUAGGGGAGAUUUGGGUCACAAUCUCACAUGGGGCACUUACAGUAGUAACUGAAUAUUUAGUAGUUUCCACACACAGCUAUGAUGAAACUUUCUGUAUUUACUGGUUGCCAUGCCAACACUGUGUGUUUAAAACAUCACACCAAAAUCCAAAGGAAUUGAAGACAUUUCACACAGGUGUUAAUUUUCAGCUCUGUGUUUAGUGUAAAAUGGGGUUAUUUGGUCAUGUUCUGCUAGUCAUGCUGUAAUGGUUUACUUCUUCUUUCCAUGUUUUUAUUCACAAAACAUUAUCGUGUGUUUGUACUAGACUGGUGAAAAAAUAUAAAAAUAAGUCCCUGUCCAGAACCUAGAGAAAACUAAAGGUGUUAAAUGUAAACUGAA